CAGUAGUCCACGUGCCUGCUGGCCAUGAACGGGAUGGCCAAUGUGAGUUCAGCCAGCCGCCCUCACUGCGCCUCCUCCAUCCCGGUGCCUCGAGCUUCUUCCCAGACCAGGAUUCAUACACCAGGCGCCUCUCCCCAGCUGCGGCCACGCCAACCUGGCCUGGCCCUGAGUCCCCAGAGAGCAGCAUCCCCAAGACCAAGCAAAGCUGCUGGCCCUUCCAGAAAUACCUCUCCUAAGGCCUCCCGAGGGAGAAGCUCCCCCAAGACUUCUGGGGCAGUGAGGGAGCCCCCCACUGGUGAGGAAGGCCCCUCCAGCUCUCCAUGGGGCAGCCCCAGGAUAGCCCCAAGAGCAGCCCUCUCCAGCCGGACUGGGCCCAGAAGAGCUGGGGAGACACACAGCACUCAGGGAAAGAAGAAGGAAGCCCAGGAAGGGGUUCUAACCCUCCAGACCCGGGGCAGGAGCCCAUCUCGAACCAGCUGUCAUGGAGAAACUCAGAUUCCAGGGACACCUGAAGGAUGGAAGCCUCCGAGCUGCCCAGGAAAGGACUCAAGAGAGAUAAGCUACCGAAGCUCUGGGAUCCCCAGGUCUUUGGAGCCUGAGGAUGGGGCAGCUUCAGGGGCCUCAUCUCCGAUCUGCAGCCCAGCACCAAGCAAGCGCCCCUCGCCCACCCCAGCAGCUAUUAGCUUCUCCUCGGUUCAUCAGCAGAGUCAGCCGGUCACAGCCACGGUGGCGCCCUUCCGGUACAGGGUGCAGACAGACCAGGAUCCUGGCCCCCUGCCCCUUGAUGGCUACUCUGGGCCCCCCAUUAGGACUGAGGAGAGCAUCUCCUGCAUGGCAUUAAAGAAACACCUGGAAGCUGGCUCUGCUCCACAUCAGGGUUCGUGUGGACAGCACCCUAUAGGCAGCCAGCCCUACCCCUUAGUCUCUCAGACACGGGCAGGUGGGCAGGGGUCACCUUUGGCCUGCAAACUGGGCCCUUUUGAGUCCUCUUUGGGCCCUGUCCUCAGCAGCGAGCUCGAAGCCACAGUGACGCUAGAACAGAGCAGCAGCAAACACUGCUCUACAGUGAGGCUGGUGCAGGAGGGUUAG